UUAAAUUGGAUCCGUUGAAUGAUUUUUAAUUCAAGUGAAUGUGAAAAGAAUAAAAGGAAUUUUGUGCUAAAAAGAAGUGUGUAUGUUACGAUUGGAUUAACAUCAAAUGAUGAUUGGCUGAAAUGUACUGAAAUCACUAGAAAAAUUGAAUUCAGCACGUGUCCGCAUUUUUUUUCGUCAGCAUCUCCAACUUGAACACCCAAAUCUGAAUCACUGAACAAUAGAACAUAGUGAUAAGCGUUGUUAUUUUUUUUCGUUCGAUUCGUUGAACUCAAUAUAGUGUUUAACGUAUUAAUAAUAUGGGCCAAGUUAUUUUCUAUUUAUUUUGCGAGGGGCCUGUAAUGGAUAUCCGAUAUUUCAAAUAAAGCCAACAAAGCGUUAUGAUUGCAAUGACUUGGAAUUGAAUUUCAAUUUAUGAUUGACGUGCCUUGGUCAAUUUCGCAGAAAUAAUAAUAUUCAAUCUAAUUUUCAAGUGGCAUUUGUAAUUAAAAUUGCGCGAGUUUUUUUAUGAUCUGGAUACUAGGUGCAAUAUUUACACGUGUACGGUACAAUUGAGGCAUUGUAAACAUAAAAUUGAAUGAUAGAAAAAAUAUAAAUAUAUUGAAGCACAUAUGCUUUUGUAUUAUUCUCGAAACGACAGACAAAUUAAUUUAUCAACAGCUGUUCACGCAUCAAUGCAUUCAUAAAAUAAUUUACUGUUUUCGCCUUCAUUCGGACAUCUUUGUGAACUACCACCAAUCUUUUUUAUCGUUUUUGGCUUACACAAUUUAAUUAAGACCGUUUGCCUCGUUUGCUACCAUUCAAUCGCGUAACAUUCAUAAAAGUAUGUGUAAUUCAAAUGCGCUUAACUUUCUAACAACAUUUAAGAAUAAAUACUUUACAAGUGCUUAGAAGAUAACAACAGUUUUCGUGAUUUCUGUUUAUCAUCAAAUCAAAAAUACGCAAACUUUUACUGGAAAUAAAAAUGAAUUCAACUUCGCCGAAGUCAUCAUUGGCCAAAAUUGCCGGAUUACAUUCGAAACCACCAAAACCAUUUCGCAUAUUAAUUCUUGGAACAUCCGGAGUUGGAAAGACUGCAAUGAUUGUGAGAUUCAUAACACGGCGCUUUAUUGGUGAAUAUACAAACUUGGAGCAAACUUAUACGUUCAACACAAUUAUGGAUAAUGAGCCUUUAUCUUUCGAAAUUUUGGACGCGAAAUCAGGUCACAUCGGUGAAAGUGACAACGCUAAGCUUGAGGCAAACAUUAAAUGGGCCGAUGCGUACAUUCUCAUGUAUUCGGUAACUGAUAAAUGCAGCUUUGAUGAAUGUAAUCGACUAAAGUUUUUGAUAAAUUAUAACAAACGCAAGAAUAAAAAGAAUGGUUCCAAUGGCAAAGACAACAGCUGUGAUGUGCCCGUCAUGUUGGUUGCAAAUAAAGUUGAUAUGGAUAGAGACCGAAUGAUUGCGUCGGAGGAAGGAAAGAGACGAUACAGAGAAAUUGGUUGCGUUGGAUUUCGAGAAAUUUCCGUACGCGAACACAUUGAACAGGUUUGGGAUGUUUUCCAUGACAUUUCACAAUUUUGGCAAGUCUUUUCGAAAUGCCCAAAAUUGAAGCGAUCAACCAGUGAAGUGCACCAAUCGAGUGCAGAGUCAAUAGUUAGCCCUGAGUCAACAAUUUGCUCCAUUUUUGAUAAUAUGAUGCGGGUUGAGAAGCGACGCUCAUUUCUGAUAGGCAGCUGGACUGAACGAAGCCCAGAUGAAUAUGAUGAAGGAAAAAGUCACGAAGCAAAUUCGAACGGAAAAAAUGAUAUCAAUGUUAGUGCACCGUUUAGAGAACGUGCCAGCACAGAUGGUACAAUAUUUUCAAGACCACGUCGAUGGCAUUAUCCGGCUCGUGUCUCGGUUGUAUCGAAUUCACAGGCACGGAUCGAACGUCGCAUGAGUAUUAGCAUGAGAGGCAGUAAUGCAAGUUACUGAAUGAUUCUAUUUUCGAUUUUUAAAUCAAUUAAAAUAU